CUCACUUCUACAGUCGCUACUGCACCUCUCUCUCACUUCUACAGUCGCUACUGCAAGUCUGCAACAGCCGCUGCAAGCAGUACGCACAUCCAUCUUUGCUCAUAGAUUGAUGUCGUGCCGCCCUGGGUUUCCCGUCGCUGCUGCUCACUGCUCGCCGCCGCCGCGGACCACCAGGGCCCCGCCGCCACCGUCGUCCGUUAGCGGCCAAUAUGUGGAUGUGGAGAUCAGUAGAUCCCUCUUAUCUUUGCUUAUGCAAAAUGUAUCAAUUCAGUAAGGAGCUUUUCUCUGAGCUGGGUGAUCCGAAGUACGCCUACAGGAACAAAUAGCAGUGUUGAGGCAAAACAGCAGUGUGCAACUUGAUGGAAAACAUACGAAAAUAACCAACACCCCUAUAACUCCAGCUGCACUUUAGUUAGUAAUUGAGGUUAUGAUAGGGAUGUUGAGGGGGAGUGGGAGAGAGGAUGGGCACCCAUGAAAAAGGCUGGAAAAGAGCAAGUUCAAGAGGUGGGUGCAGCAGAUCUGGGUGGUCUUAUCCUCCACAAACUUGCCUCCUUUGCCACCAGUCUGCUUAUGCUAAUUUACAUGUUUAUACAGUCUUCCUGUCUAAGUUACACAUGUACUUUAAUAUUCACUGUCCAAAAGCACCUAAUAUCUAGCAGCCACUUGGCUAAUUUCAUGUUUUCGACUUUUUGACUAAGCAAUCUUUCAGUAUUAUGCUGCACUACUGUUAUGAACAGUGCAGUUUCUUUUUAUAGUUAGUUUCAGGUUGUCCUUUUUCUAAAACUUCUUUUUAACUGGGUUGUCCUUACUUGCAUGUAUAAUGAAAUAUUAAUGUUACCUGUGGCCAGCAGGAAUUAUCUAAAUUUAUCACAACUGCUAUACAAUCACUAGGGCGGACCAUAACUAGCAUUUACAGGGUUUGAAUAUGAGGCAGGCAAUAUCAUCACUCCUGCUUCCUUUUAGCUGGUGUUGCUUUCUUAACUUCAAAGAAAUAAAACAUGCUACACAUAUUGGAACAUCUUAUAGCAAAUAUAACGCUUCUAUGAACCUUUUUUUUUUGGACAAUGACGCUAAUACAUGGUAUUGUCACCCUUGUCCAUUUUGAACCUAUAUAUAAAGUUUGAACAAAUAUGGCCACAAAGUUUUCUUUUCUCAAAGUUUUGUCAUGUUCAGAUAUUCUUAGAUAUUUAAAUUAUUCUUUCAUUAAAAUGGACGAGGACCGCAAUGCGUGCCAUCAUGUUCUGAUACCACUGUAUUAAACGGUUCUCACUGAUAAUACUACACUUUUAAUUGGUGGGCCCGCCUCACUUAACAAAAUUCCGCUUGUAAAUGUCUGUGUGUCUAGCAUUGCUCUGGUUCUCACCAUAACUCUGUGAUCCAUUAUAUCACCAUACACUUGCCCAGUGGACGGUUAAAAAAGCCCUUCCUGAAUAAUCCCUUGAGCCGUUUCCGAUGAACGUAUUUGUGGUAGUGCACUGGCCAUCACCUCAGAUGAAUCCACAAGGACCACAACUAAUAUACCACGAGCCAUAGGAAUCUUCGCAUCUACGUGGAGGGAUCGACUUGGAAUAUUAUUAGAAUUAGUACAUUAGCUCUGCGAUCCCAAUUGCUUGCACUUCUUGUUUGGCUCCGCAGAGCAACGUGGCACCAAUCGCAAGAGGAGAGACCAGAGACUACCAUAUAUAGAGGCAGAGUUGUCCACUCCGCGCGCACACCCAGAAACAUAUUUCCUCUCCACCGUUGCACAAGUAACCAACCAACAUCGGCGUUCGGCGACCUCCAUUGUCGCGUGGAGCUGGACAAGUCAAGCCUGUACCUAAAAGGGUUUUCCUCGUGCGGUACAUCCAACAAGCGCAGGCAUGGAGGAGAGACCAAUGGCCUCUUCCACUUCCUGCAAAGGCUCUGACCACGACGACAAGAGCAAGGAGCACAAGUGCGAGCUGAUCGGCUAUGAGGCGCUGCCGGAGUGGCUCAAGGACAACGAGUACAUCCACGGCUACUACCGGUGCGAGUGGCCGUUGAAGGAGACCAUCCUCAGCAUCUUCUCCAUCCACAACGAGACCCUCAACGUCUGGUCGCAUUUGGUAGGAUUCCUGCUGUUCCUGUGCUUGACGAUCCUCACGGCAAUGGUGAUCCCACGGGACUGCAGCAUUAGCGGUGGCGGGAACACGUUUGACGACGCGCCAUUGACGAGGAGCUACUGGGGAGAUCUGAUGGCGAUGGCCAACAUGACAGGGGCGCUGAAGCAUGAGGCAGCCGCCUGCCUCCUCCUGCCUCCAGCUGCCGCAGAUUUGUCUGGAAACGAGGAGGAGAUCCCGAACAGCUGUCCACCCAACACAUCCUCCUCGCCCUCUCAUCACCAUGUUGCGCUGAUCCAGGACGCGAGCGCGGCGCCACGGGCCGCGGACGCUGCCUCCGCCGAUCCGAUCACGCGGUGGCCGAUGUUCGCGUACCUGUGCGGAGCCAUGGUGUGCCUGCUUACGAGCAGCGCGUGCCACCUGGUGCUGUGCCACUCGGAGAGAAUGGCGUACGUGACGCUCCGGCUGGACUACGCCGGCAUCGCCGCCCUCAUCGUCACCUCCUUCUACCCGGUCGUCUACUACUCCUUCCUCUGCCACCCGGGGCUCCAGCGGCUCUACAUAGGCUUCAUCACCGCCUUCGGCGCCGCGGCGGUCACGGUGUCGCUGGUGCCGGUGUUCCAGGCGCCCGAGUUCCGCCCGCUCCGCGCCGGGCUCUUCUCGUGCAUGGGCGUGUCGGGGCUCAUCCCCGUCGCGCACAAGCUCGUGCUGUACGGCGGCCGGCGGGAGGCCGCCGUGACGGCGUGCUACGAGGCGCUCAUGGGCGCGCUCUACGGGCUCGGCGCCGCCGUCUACGCGGCGCGCGUGCCGGAGCGGUGGUUCCCCGGGCGGUUCGACCUCGUCGGGCACAGCCACCAGCUGUUCCAUCUCUUCGUCAUUGCCGGCGCGUACGCGCACUACCUCGGUGGCGUCGAGUACCUCAAGUGGAGGGACGCCGACAGGUGCUGGUGACCGGCGGCAUGGCAUGGCUACAGUUGUACAGCUACAUCUCCGGCUGAAGGUGCUUCCAUUAAUCCAACUGAAGAAGAUGAUGGGAUCUGGCGUCCAGAAAUUGUGCAUUUUGUAGUGAAAGAGUGCUGAGGUAUACAUAAAUAGGGGAUUGUUUGAUUGCUGAAAUGGAUGUGAGGCGUAAUUUGUAUGAAGAGAUUAAGAGCGGCUAGCCCCGGACAAGGGACAAUCUUGUGUAUAAUUGAUUGGAACCUCUCCUUUAUGGUCUCGAAAGAAAAUGAGUGCAACUAAUGCUGUAACAAACAUAUGUAGAUAAACUUGGAUUCAGGGAUAAUUAUAUUC